UGCACAUCGACCAAAGCAUGGCAAACAUUCCACCGAUAAAUUCGAGAGUGUAUGUCGGAGGCUUGGGAGAGCAGGUCAAGUUGGAAGAGUUCGAAGAACUCUUCAAAGACUGCAAGCCGUACCAAGAUAUAACGCUAUUGCGCGGAUUUGGCUUCAUACAGUUUCACACUGAAAAAGCAGCCCAAGCCGCCAUUAACACUAUGAAUGGAAAGUUGUUCAACGGGCGUAAGCUGAUGGUAAAGGUAGCGAAUGAUAAUCGUGCCAAAAAGGGUCUACUCCCUCGGGGAGCGCCAGGAGCUGCUUCUAUUGCGAAAACACCCAUCCCGGCUGCAUCUGUUCGGGACCGAUCGCCCGUGGAUGCAAUUCAUCCACUGAAACGAGGAUACCAUCCGCUCCAGUAUAGUGUGGCCGAUUUGAGUAGCGUCUAUCCAGAAACACCGAUCGGCCAAGCUCCGCUGCGUGGUAUCGAAAGCAACGAUUGUGAGAUCAUAGUCGUUAACAAGGAGCUAACCCCUUAUGCCGAGAUGAUCGAAGCACGUUUGAAGCGUGCGGGACUAAGCGUUGAUCUACUGUUUCCCAACAACGAUGUUCCGAUAGGCAAAGUACUCGCCAACAGAGCAUCCCAGGGCACAUACUAUUGUAUUGUCAUUACACCGGAAAAUCAAGAGCGCAACAGUAUCACCGUGAACGUUUUGCACGGCAUACCAGCGGAACAUCGCAACAUGCCGACGGAUGAUGCUUUAAAUUUCGUCGUAAAAAAUUUCAAUGAAAAGAAAAGGCGCGAGAAUGCACCACACAGCCUCUCGACAUACCAUCAUGCUGCACCGUCCCAACCCAUGCCAUUACACGCGGAACCUUCGCAAACGCAGGAAAAACAUCCAGAAGCGAUACAGAACAUGAUAAACCUGCUAGCUGUAAACCGCCCGCUAACCGUUCUACAGUACGAAAGAUUGAUAAAGUAUCUAACCGAACGAAAAGAAUUGCAAAUAAGGCUAGAACUGGGAGAGGACGUCGAUACCACGACAGCAUCUGCAUUAAUACCGCCAAUUAUUCCCGCCUCCAAGACCAAGCAGGAAACGGAACGGGAACUCCAAAAGAAAAUCUUGGACAUAAUGAACAAACCAUCCAUUAUCGGGGUCACAAAGACGACUACCACUGCUGCGGCAGCAACAGAAAACAUAAGUGCUGAAAGCAGCAGAUUUAACAUGAAUCUUCUUCCAACCUCUAGACUGCUUCAUGAUCCAAAGGUGCAACGUGCGCUAGACUCCCUGUUGCAAAGUCAGCUGCUUUCGAACGUUGGGUACAAAAUGUAAGCACAGCAUUGCUAUUCCUCUAGGAACUAAUGCUUUCUU